UUCAUUAAUGGCUGCUUUGUCCCAUUUCUCUUGAGGAUUCCUGAUUUUCUCUGUGGAAUAAGAGAGAUAGAAUGUAUACAUUGUUUUUGUAUAAUUUUUGAAAAGAAAGUUUAAUUAUAAUUUGAAAAUGACUUCACGAAAUAAAAAAGCUAGAAAAAAUCUUGGAUUUUAUGUAAAUAAUUAUAAAUUUCAUCAACCAUUUCAAAUUCUUAUUGAUGGUACCUUUGCAUUCGCAGCAUUACAGAACAAAUUCAACAUACAGGAGCAACUUAAAAAAUACUUUCAAUCUGAAUUAAAAUUGUUAACAACAUCAUGUAUUAUUUCUGAGACUGAAAAACUUGGUAUAUUUUCUACAUCAAUUAAUGGUACUACACAAAUAGUAAAACAAUAUGCUAUACACAAGUGUGGACAUGAGAAAAAACCAAUAAGUGGUUCAAAAUGUUUACGAUCUAUGAUAGGAAAAGAUAAUAGUUCAAGAUACAUUAUUGCAACGCAAGAUCGUGAGCUUCAAGAUAGGUUAAGGUUAAUUCCAGGAGUUCCUUUAAUUUAUUUACAUGGAAAGACACCUACAUUAGAAUCUCCUUCAGAAGCAAGUCGUAAACGUGCAGAAGUUAUGCAAAAAGAUUUGGGUAUGACUACAUGGCAAAAAGAAAAUAUAAAGGUAUUAGAAAAGCAAGCAGGAAUAAUGCAAGAAAAAGAUAAGUUGAAGAAAAAGAAGAAAAAAGGAGGACCAAAUCCACUUAGUUGCUUGAAAAAAAAGAAAAAACCAGAAACAAUAUUGAGCAAAAAUGGUAUAAAAUCUGGGAAAGUCAGAAAAAGAAAGAUUAAAAUUGCACCACAUAUUAAAGAGGCUUUAGUAAUAGAAUUGAAGAAUAAAUGUGAGACAUAGAACUUUGUUAAAUUCACAAAAAUUUUGAACAAUCCACGAAUAUGAUAUAUAAAAAAUAAAAAUGAUUGAAAUGUGAUAAUUGAAAAGAAAAAAAAUAGUACCUUCUUGUAUAUAAGAUACAAUACUUGUGUAUGGAUUUAUUAAAAAAGAAUAAA